AUGGAUCCUACGACUGAUUUCAUAGCUGGCACGGUCGCCGGGGCAGCAGGCUUGGUCGUUGGAUAUCCCUUUGACACAGUGAAGGUCCGCUUCCAGAACCCCGAAUUAUCGUCGAAGUACCGUUCGACCUUCCAGUCACUCAUUACCAUCACUCGGGAAGAGCGGUUUACGGGCCUCUUUAAGGGCAUAACGACACCUUUGGCGACUUGCGCUCUGCUGAAUGGCGUCGUUUUCGCCUCCUACCGGUUUCUCAUGAAAGCUCAGCUCUCUCAUGAAGACGAUGUUCCGACGUUAUGGCAGGUCGGCCUGGCCGGCGCGGGGAGUGGGAUUAUCUCCGCGCUGGUUACGACCCCAACGGAGCUCAUCAAGAUUCACCAACAGAAUCACGUCGACCCUGCCUUCCGACCCAAUGCACUUGACGUAGCCCGACAAAUUGUCCGCCAACAUGGUGUCAAGGGGCUUUACCGUGGCAUCACGUCCACCGCUUUGCGUGAUUGUGGCUACGGCGCAUACUUUGCGGCGUAUGAGGCGACCUGCCGUUACUUUGCUCGGCCUCAACGCACUACAGCCUCACCGCCUCCACCACCAUCAGGGUCUAGGGAACGCCAAGAACAGCCUUACGACGCGUCAUCCCUCGUCUCACAAGCCGAGUCCGAGAUCAAUUCUCACUCAUGGCCCGCGCUGCUUCUCGCUGGUGCCCUCGCAGGCAUAGCAAGCUGGGUAUCAACCUUCCCUUUCGACGUCGUCAAGACCCGAGUGCAGGCCUCGCAGGCUCAGGGCGGGGAUCUGUAUAGAGGCAAAUAUCGUAAUACCUGGUCGACGAUCGUUCAUUCGUACCGGGAUGACGGACCCAGAAUCUUCUUCCGAGGCAUCGCUCCGACGCUGAUCCGGGCCAUCCCGGUUAAUAUGGUCACGUUUGCGACAUUCGAGGGCGUGGUUCGGGCACUCUCGUAACCUGCCUUGCCGGGUGAGGCCCAUCAAAGCUGCAAAUUUCGCGCAUCGCUGUAUGCAUUGUUACAGUCCAAGGUGAUCGUCCCAGUUACGGGGCUCUUAUUCCUGCAACUGCGAUGUCUUCGGUUCCGAAUGCAGCACGCCCGGCUUGCUGCCGGACGUCUCCGGUCUGAUACCGAAGACGGUAGAUGCCUGCCGUAGAUCUGCUUUACGACGUGGUAACAUGCACGUAAUUUACUCAUUGAUAAUGGC